AUGGCUCAGAAAUGUGCGAUUAGUUUGAUCUCAGCUUUAGCAGCUUCCGCUUCUCUCUCCAAGUCUAAUUUCGUUGCUGCAGAUGGACCUUUCACCUUCUCUGGCUUCUCCACUCCUCCGGCGCCGGAAUCUCAGAAAGAACCGUCUGUGUCCGGCGAAGAAUCCGAUGCUCCUCCUCGGGUUCGGAACGAUAAUCCCAGAACUACUUCUGCUGGGUUUGAUCCAGAGGCUUUGGAGCGAGGUGCAAAGGCCUUGAAGGGGAUAAACAACUCCGCUCAUGCCAAAAAGGUAUUUGAAAGUAUUAAAACACAAGAAGAGACGAGACAAGCUGAGUUUGUUGCAAAGGCUCAAGAGUUUAAAGCUGUGCAAUCCCAAGCUGAAGCUGAGAGACAACGGGUAAUAUACGAGGAACAGAAGAAACUUGCUCAGCACCAAGCACAAACAAAAUCACAGAUGGCUCGCUAUGAAGAUGAGUUAGCAAGAAAAAGGAUGCAGGCUGAGAAUGAGGCCCAGAGAACAAGAAAUCAAGAACUUGUGAAAAUGCAAGAAGAAUCAGCAAUUAGGCGGGAAGUAGCUCGACGAGCUACCGAGGAAGAGAUUCAAGCUCAGAGACGGCAAACGGAGAGGGAGAAGGCUGAGAUUGAACGUGAGACAAUCAGGGUUAAAGCUAUGGCAGAAGCUGAAGGGAGAGCCCGUGAAUCAAAGCUUUCUGAAGAUGUCAACAGGAGAAUGCUUGUUGAUCGUGCUAAUGCAGAGAGAGAGAAAUGGGUUUCUGCCAUAAAUACUACAUUCGAUCAUAUUGGAGGGGGCUUGCGUACCAUCCUAACGGAUCAAAAUAAGCUGGUUGUUGCUGUUGGAGGUAUCACUGCUCUUGCAGCUGGGAUCUACACAACGAGAGAAGGUGCAAAGGUUAUCUGGAGCUACGUGGAUAGAAUAUUAGGACAACCAUCUCUAAUUAGAGAAUCCUCCAGAGGAAAGUACCCUUGGUCUGGUUCGAUUUCUCGUGCCUUCUCCACGUUGCGGGGUGGUGCUAAGGUGUCUGCAUCCACAAAUGGAAAAGGGUUUGGUGAUGUAAUUUUGCAUCCUUCUCUUCAAAAGAGAAUAGAGCAGCUAGCUAAUGCAACUGCCAACACAAAAGCCCACCAAGCACCUUUCCGAAAUAUGCUUUUCUACGGUCCACCAGGAACAGGGAAAACAAUGGCUGCCAGAGAGCUGGCUCGUAAAUCUGGUCUGGAUUAUGCGUUGAUGACAGGUGGGGAUGUUGCCCCACUUGGAGCUCAGGCUGUUACAAAGAUACACCAACUGUUUGACUGGUCCAAAAAAUCUAAGAGAGGCUUGUUACUCUUCAUUGAUGAAGCUGAUGCAUUUUUGUGCGAGCGGAACAAAACAUACAUGAGUGAAGCUCAAAGGAGUGCACUAAAUGCACUCCUCUUCCGCACGGGUGAUCAGUCCAAAGACAUAGUCCUAGCGCUUGCCACAAACCGACCUGGUGAUCUAGACUCAGCAGUGUCUGACCGUGUCGAUGAGACACUUGAGUUCCCCUUGCCAGGAGAAGAAGAGCGCUUCAAGCUUCUGAACCUCUACCUAGACAAGUACAUAUCUAAGACUAAUCUAAAAAAGCCGGGUUUGCUCCAAAGCCUUUUCAAAAAGGAUCAGCAGAAGAUUGAGAUAAGAGGCAUCACCGAGGAUCUCCUGAAGGAAGCUGCUGAGAAAACAAAAGGGUUUUCGGGUAGAGAAAUUGCAAAAUUGAUGGCAAGCGUUCAAGCUGCUGUGUACGGAAGUGCAAACUGCGUGUUGGACGCAAACCUUUUCAGAGAGGUCAUUGAUUACAAAGUUGCGGAGCAUCAACAAAGAAAAAAACUAGCUGGAACCGAUACAGGUAACAAGAAAUGA